GGGAGCGCUGGGAAGCGAUCUCCGUGGUCCGCGCACUCCCCGGGGACUGGCACUUCGCUCCGUGGGUGGGGCACAGGGCCCUGCAGGGGAAAGUGAAGUGAUGAAGCACAUUUGAUUUGGAGACAGAAGCCAGAAACUCCUCUGCCUUGCUGCGUGCCAGCUGUGUGAUCCCAGGCAAGUCCGUUUAUAGACAUUCCCGGGCCUUGGUCCUGUGUUCUGUUGUAUGGAAGAACAUGUAUAUGAAUGACAAGAGGUAUCUGUUGUGAAACUCCCAGGAGAAUGAGCCGUUUCUCUGAUCUGUCUGUGGCUCUGCAGUCCCCAAGGGACAGGAUUUUAAACCUUUAAAAUUCCACCAGCCACUGUGGCACAGUCCUCAGCAGACAAGGAAAUGAGAAAAAUACCAAACAAUGGGAACCUGAGGAUGACGAAGGUGGCGUACCCGCUGGGGCUGUUUGUGUGCCUGUUCAUCUACGUUGCCUACAUCAAGUGGCACUGGGCUUCCGCCACCCAGGCCUUCCUCGGCAUCCCCGAGGUGGCCACGGGGACCCGGAGGGGCCAGCAGUCCCGCAGUCCCCCGGGGACAGCUGCCCGCGGGCCUGAGCUCUUCUACGGCAUCAUGUUCGACGCGGGGAGCACUGGCACCCGAGUGCACGUCUUCCAGUUCAGCCGGCAGCCUGGAGAAACUCCCACCUUGACCCAUGAAACCUUCAAAGCACUGAAGCCAGGUCUUUCUGCUUAUGCUGACGACGUUGAUAAGAGCACCCCAGGAAUUCAGGAGUUACUGGACAUUGCUAAACAGGACAUACCCUUUGACUUCUGGAAGGCCACCCCCUUGGUCCUCAAGGCCACAGCUGGUUUACGUCUGUUACCAGGAGAAAAGGCUCAGAAGUUACUGCGAAAGGUGAAAGAAGUGUUUGAGGCGUCACCAUUCCUCGUAGGGGACGACUGUGUUUCCAUCAUGAACGGGACGGACGAAGGUGUUUCCGCGUGGAUCACCGUGAACUUCCUAACAGGCAGUCUGAAGACCCCCGGGAGGAGCAACGUGGGCAUGCUGGACCUGGGCGGAGGGUCCACCCAGAUCACCUUCCUCCCAAGAUUCGAGGGCACCCUUCAGACCUCCCCGCCUGGCUUCCUCACAUCCCUCCAGAUGUUUAAUAGGACCUACAGGCUCUACUCCUACAGCUACCUGGGGCUCGGCUUGAUGUCGGCGCGGCUGGCGGUUCUAGGCGGCGAGGAGGGAAAGCCUGCUGAGGAUGGAGCAGAGUUGGUCAGCCCUUGUUUGUCUCCCGGUUUCAGAGGAGAGUGGGAGCACGCUGAAGUAACGUACAGGGUUUCGGGACAGGAGGCAGCGGGGAACCUCUACCAGCUGUGUGCCCGCCGAGUGUCUGAGAUCCUCCGAAACAAAGUGCACAGGACAGAGGAAGUGAAGGACGUGGAUUUUUAUGCCUUUUCCUACUAUUAUGACCUUGCUGCAAAUGUGGGCCUCAUAGAUGCAGAGAAGGGAGGCAGCCUCGUGGUCGGAGACUUCGAGACUGCGGCCAAGUACGUGUGCCGGACGGCGGAGACCCAGCCGCCGCGCAGCCCCUUCCUGUGCCUGGAUCUCACCUACGUCAGCUUGCUGCUCCAAGGGCUCGGCUUCCCGGGGGACAAAGUGCUGAAGUUGACCCGGAAGAUUGACAACGUGGAGACCAGCUGGGCUCUGGGGGCCACUUUUCAUUACAUCGACUCCCUGAGCCGACAGAAGAGCCCCACCUUGUAGCAGCCCAGCUGCCGGCCGUCCCCGUAGAAGCACUGUCUCUGCGAGAACAGGCCCCUUUGGGACCCCCAGUGUGCGGGGAGGGGGUCACGGCACAGGCUGAGACCCUCCUCCCCGUGACCUCACAGACCGGCCCCUGGACGUGCUGGAACACGGCCCAGGCCUUGGCUCCCGGUGGGCAGUGACCAGACAGGGUAAAGGGCACAGGCCGAGGCCAGGGUGGCACAGCUGCUGUCCCCACCGUCCCAUCGCAGGGCUGGGGCGGCUGUGGCACACGUCCUGUGACGGGAGUCUUGCUUUAUCCCACUGCCCCCAGCGGGAGCCCCCUGGGCUGGCGGGCCAGGCAUCUCCUGCAUGGGUGUGGACUGUGACGUCAUCCAGAAGCCGCUUCCUUGGGUCCUCGGGUGGCUCAGGGUUAGCUGGCGGGUUGGCGCUGAGACUGGAAAGAGGGGCUGGAGGAAAUGCCUCUUUGUGGCCCGUGUUCCCCGGCUUCUCGAAGCCGUCUAAACGUGAGCGUGAGCUGCUGUGAGAUAUCUGUGUCUGUGAGUGAGUGAUGUCUGUGUGGUGCUGAGUGCUCGUGUAGCAGCUGUGUUCUGAGCCCAGUGGAUGUAUCGCUGCCCUGAGCCAUUUGCAGCCAAGCGGUGUCAGUCGGGCCGAAGCCCCAGAUGCGCCCUCUCACGGCCCGUCCCCGCAGGCUCGCAGGAUGCUGGCUGAGCUGUGCACAGGAUGCUACGUGUCCCAGGCCCGCAGCCGUUCCUGUGGCAUAUGCACAGUUCACGGAAUAAGCUGAACCUCAUGGGUUCCACUUGAAAUAAAGGGUUUUCCAGG